AUACUGCGAAAAUCUUAUAGACGAUCUUCUGAGAAGAAUGGAACAGUACGCCAACAAUCUAGAAGUUCUAGUAAGUGAAAAAACGGAAGAACUCAGUCAGGAGAAGAGGAGGUCGGAAGAACUUCUUUACCAAGUACUACCAAGGCCCGUCGCUCAGCAGUUGAUGCUUGGAGAACUUGUACAACCCGAACAAUUUGAGUGCGUUACUAUUUAUUUCAGCGACAUCGUCGGGUUCACUGCCCUUUGUGCGAAAAGUACACCGAUGCAGGUAGUCGAUUUUUUAAACGACCUAUACAGUACAUUCGACAGGAUCAUAGGAUUUUACGAUGUGUACAAGGUAAUAAAAACUACCAGUAGCAAUACAUAA